AGUCGGGGCGGCAGCAGAGUCGCAUGUUCUAGGGCGACGGCUCCCGGCCAGGAAAGGCUGUCGGCGCCCUGGCUUCCCCGCGCCCGGACGCCAAGUCCGGAGACCUGACUGACCCUCUGCGGCCCGGGCGUCUGGGCCUCAAGCGCCGCAUGUCAUGUGGCCCGUGUUUUGGACCGUGGUGCGUACCUAUGCGCCCUAUGUCACAUUUCCUGUGGCCUUCGUGGUCGGGGCUGUGGGUUACCACCUGGAGUGGUUCAUCAGGGGAAAGGAUCCCCAGCCUGUGGAGGAAGAAAAGAGCAUCUCAGAGCGCCGAGAGGAUCGCAAACUGGAUGAGCUUCUAGGCAAGGACCAUACCCAGGUGGUGAGCCUUAAGGACAAGCUGGAAUUUGCUCCUAAAGCUGUCCUGAACAGAAACCGCCCGGAGAAGAAUUAAUGGAGGACACUGGGACCAAUCCUGCCACCAUAUUCACCCAGCCCCAGUACAUACAUCUGAUUUGAUUUGCUGCUUUUGCUGGCCCCUCCCAUCCCACAGCCACACAAGUACUGGCUGCUUCCUUAUGUACGGCUCCACAUCCCAGCAGCAGCUGAGGGUCAGCAAAGAGGAAGUUCGCAUCUCUUGGUGGGGCUUCAGGCUAAUGUGGGGGUUCUGCUGGGAUAAGUGCUAUGAAAUGAACUCUAGUUUUCAACCUCCCGGAGGGGGCAGUUUGGCCUCGAGUGGCAAUGGCUGGGAUUUGGGUGUUUCUUGUAGAAGGGCCACCUACAAGCCUAGUUUUCAUUCACAUAUCUCCUGGUUCCCUAUCCUUUCCAGCUCAUUCUUCCAGAAAUCCUGUGGUCAGCUGUGGGGGGUGAGGUUCCCUGGGG